AGAAUGGUCACUCUGUUCCAGUGUUUGUUAUUUUUCACUGAAUUGUUGUGAAUUUUUGGUUUUUUGUAUUUGCAACGUUUUUAACAAAAUGACAAUAUAUAAUCUUUAUAUAUUUGACAAGAUGGGCACGCUAAUGCAUUACGCCGAAUGGAAUCGUACAAAGAAAUCAGGCAUUACACGCGAGGAGGAAGCCAAACUAACGUAUGGCAUGCUCUUUUCCAUUAAAUCGUUUGUCAGCAAGAUAUCUCCACACGAUCCACGUGAAGGGUUUCUCUACUACAAAACCAAUCGCUACGCUCUGCAUUAUCUGGAAACGCCCUCAGGAUUAAAAUUUGUGCUUAAUACCGAUACGGCUGCCAUCAAUGUGAAAGAGCUGCUACAGCAGCUCUACGCCAAAGUCUGGGUGGAGUACGUGGUUCGUGAUCCACUGUGGACGCCCGGCACUGUGGUUACCUCAGAGUUGUUCCAAAACAAACUGGAUGAGUUUGUCAAGCAAUCCCCUAUCUUUGGCAUAAGAAAUAUUUAAACAUAGCUUACAGCAUAGUUAAUAGAUAGUGAAAAACAACCGCCCAAAUGAUGUGUCAUAAGUGUCUCAAUCGCAAAUUGCAGUUGUUUUUUUUCCAGCAGCCAGAGAUCUGUGAUUAUGCCCGUUACUUAAAUACAGAAAUGUUUCAAUGUGUGAGUGAGUGUGAGCAGCGGAAACGGCGAAAUGUCGCACGACAACAGCAUUUGAAAGGUGCCGCAGUCACUUGCGCAAGGGCAAAGCAUCCAAAUUGCA